CAAAUAAUCUUAAAAAUUCAUAACCCUCAUAUAGAAUUUUAUAUAAUUUUAAAUUUACUGAUUUUAGAAUCAUGGGAGCAAAACCUAAAAUUAAGACUAAACUUGGUGGCCGACUAAGCAGUUUACUCAAAGAGGAGAAACAGGGGAAAACGGAAACAUUUGUCAUUGGCGGCGGUCGUCUCUUCCGCUCGUUGUGUGAGAUUUUCCUGGACAACGGUAGAAAAUCAGUAAUUGAAACGCCAGAGAAGGAGGAUAGUACGACAGCUAUGGCUCCACACGGCAAGGGAUCAGAUGCUUCGGAGGAAGCCAUGGUUGCUCAAGUUGAAGGCCGCCGUAUUUCUACAAUCGUCAUCAUCAUCGCUAUGCAAGCAGAAGCUUUGCCGGUGGUGAAUAAGUUGCAGCUGAAAGAAGAACACAGUUCCGGGUUCCCAAAAGAAGUGCCUUGGGUUCGAUAUCAUGGGGUGUACAAAGACCUUAAUAUACAUUUGGUUUGGCCAGGAAAAGAUUUAACUCUGGGGGUUGAUGGUAUUGGCACAAUUUCUGCAGCUCUAGUGACUUAUGCAGCUAUACAGGCAUUGCAACCAGACCUAAUCAUAAAUGCAGGCACUGCUGGUGGCUUUAAGGCAAAGGGAGCAGACAUUGGUGAUGUUUUUCUGGCAUCUGAUAUUGCUUUUCAUGACAGAAGAAUACCCAUUCCUGUCUUUGAUCUCUAUGGAGUUGGUCAGCGCCAGGCCUGCUCAACACCCAAUCUAUUGAAGGAGGUUAACCUGAAGGCUGGCAAGUUGUCUACUGGUGACUCUCUGGAUAUGUCACCACAUGAUGAAACAGCAAUCGUAGCCAAUGAUGCAACACUCAAAGACAUGGAGGGAGCAGCUAUUGCCUAUGUGGCGGAUCUUUUUAAAAUCCCUGCAAUAUUCAUUAAAGCAGUUACGGACAUAGUGGAUGGUGAUAAACCAACUCCAGAGGAAUUCUUGCAGAAUUUGGCUGCAGUCACCGCUGCACUUGGCCAGGCAGUUAUCCAAGUGAUUGAUUUUAUCAAUGGAAAGUGUCUUUCUGAAUUUUGACCCAUGUCUCCUUAUUAUUCAUCUCUUCUAAACAUGUGACAAAGAUGUUAGCAAUAGAGGAUGCUCGAUUUAAAGGAACAGCAAGAUUUCGUAGAGUGAAGAGGUACUUUGAUUUUGGGACAUGAAUACUGCCUGCCACCUCUAGCUCAUCUUCAUAAUUCCUUAUCUCUAACAUGGAUGACUUGCUUUAUACUAGAUUUCAUGGUGAAUGCAAUCUGAUACAGCUGAAACUGUAAAAAGAGUGUCCAAGAUAAACAAUUAAAGGUAGGGAUUUGAUGUACAAAUUGUUUCAAGAUUUUGUCACCAUGCCAUCGACACACAAACAAAGAUCCAUACUUUAAACCAAACUUCUAACAGCCCUAAAUAAAAUGAAAUGCAUGUA